AUAGUUGCACGAAGGGAGCAGAGAAGUCAGACAAUGAGCUGAAAAGUCAUCGGUAGUGGCACUCGAGUUAUGAUCAUUAUGGGUGAUGCUUGUGGAGGAUUACGGUCAUUAUGGUUGAUGCUAGUGGAGGAUGAUGGGGAUGAUACAUGGACGGAUGGAUUUUAGAGAACACCGAUGAUCUGACGGUAAUGAAAGUAGAAGUGACGUGGCUUAGCAUGGUUGCAGAUAAAUGGGAGUAAAUGAUCUUUAGUGGGUUGUCUAUAUAGGUUAGAUAGAUAGAUAGAUAGAUAAUAUAUAUCUAGGUACGUAGUAAAAAAUUAUGCAUCUAGAAAAGUCAAAACGAAUCAUUUGGGACUACUAAUCUGGGACCGAGGGAGCAGUAUACUGUAGCCACCUCUAUAAAUUAAAAGCAGCUGCAGCUGCUCACCCCCAGGGGCAGCACAAGGCAGGAAGCGAGUUUGUUGGGUUGAGCAUGCGCGCUCCGGCGAAGAGCCUCCCCCGCUCCCGCUCAGCCGGCAACGGCCCAUCUCCAUCUCCAUCUCCUCCUCCCCUGCUUGGUGAUGGUCAUGCAGAUGCAGCAGGGGACUCGGACACGGUGGUGAUCCUGGCGUCUCUCCUCUGCGCCCUCAUCUGCGUGGCCGGGCUUGCCCUCGUCGCGCGGUGCACCUGCCGCAGACGCAGCAGCAGUGGCGGGGCCGGCGGCGGCGGCGGCAACCCAAGCGCCGCGGAGGCGCGGGCACCGAGGGGGCUGAAGAAGGCGGCAAUCGAGACGCUGCCCACGGUGUCGUUGCAAGCAGCCUCAGCAGCAGGAGAGGAGAGGGAGUGCGCCAUCUGCCUGGUGGUGCUGGCCGAGGGAGACGAGCUCCGGCUGCUGCCGGUCUGCGGCCACGGCUUCCAUGCGGCCUGCAUCGAUACCUGGCUGGGCGCCCACGCCAGCUGCCCCUCCUGCCGUGCCGCCGUCCUCACCUGCCGGAGGUGCGGGGCGGCCGCGGCCGCAACCUAGCCAGAUAUGUAUCUGUUCAAGUGCUAAUCUCAUCAUCUACUACAGUAGUAUACAUAAUCAAUGAACCGUCACAGUCAGAAAGGCAGCAUUUGGGACGGCA